UGCACGAACAAAGAUGGGUAAUUGGAUUGUUAACCAUGGACUGGAAACCUUUAUUCUGGUGGUCUGGAUGGGCAUCAAUGUCUUCUUGUUUGUUUACUUCUAUUCGUUUUACGACUUGGGGCCUCAAUUCUUCUACACACACCAGCUACUAGGAUCUGCACUGUCAUGGGCCAGAGCCCCUGCUGCCGUCCUCAACUUUAACUGCAUGCUCAUCCUCCUCCCAGUGUGCCGGAACCUCCUGUCUCUGAUCCGUGGCAACUUUAUGUGCUGUGGAGUAGCUUUGCGGAAACAACUGGACAAAAAUCUCACUUUCCACAAACUUGUCGCCUACAUGAUUGCAUUGAUGACUGCGGUUCACACUGUUGCCCAUCUGCUCAAUGUGGAGUGGUACAUUAACAGUCGACAUGGGAAAUAUGGUCCCCUCCCCGGUAAUCUGUCUGCCCUUCGGGACAACAGAGCAAAAAACACCACCUACCUCAAUCCUAUCGAAUAUGAUUAUACAACCCCAACCCUGUUCGCAUUCACCACCAUUGCUGGCCUUACUGGAGUUGUGAUCACCCUUGCUCUCAUCCUCAUGAUCACAUCAUCAAUGGAGGUCAUUCGACGAAGCUACUUUGAGGUCUUCUGGUAUACGCAUCACCUUUUCAUCAUCUUCUUCGCUGGCCUUGUCUUUCAUGGGGCAGGGCGCAUUGUUCGAGGUCAACAGACCACUGAGCCGCCUCACGACACCAUUUUCUGCAAAACACAGCCGCAGAACUGGGGCUUGAUUCCUGAAUGCCCAAUCCCUCAGUUUGUUGGAGGGUUUCCUCAGACCUGGAAGUGGGUGAUUGGUCCUAUGGUGAUUUACAUAUGUGAAAGGUUUCUGCGGUUUAUCCGCUACAUGCAGACUGUGAGAUACAAAAAGAUUGUGAUGCAUCCAUCCAAUGUCCUCGAGCUACAGUUGGUGAAGUCUGGUUUUAAGAUGGACGCUGGGCAGUAUGUUUUCUUAAACUGUCCAGCUAUCUCCCAACUAGAAUGGCACCCAUUUACACUGACCUCAGCCCCAGAGGAAGACUUUUUCACAUUGCACAUCCGUUCAGCUGGGGACUGGACUAACCAAUUAAUUAAGAUGCUAGAAAAUCUACCAGAGGGGAGUCAAGGGCCGAAGAUGGGUGUGGAUGGCCCGUUUGGAACUGCCAGUGAAGAUGUGUUUGAUUAUGAAGUCAGCAUGCUGGUUGGAGCUGGGAUCGGGGUGACCCCGUUCGCAUCAAUUCUGAAGUCUAUCUGGUAUAAGUUCAAAGAUUCCAAUCCCAAGCUGCGCACCAGAAAGAUAUACUUCUACUGGUUGUGUAGGGAGACAAAUGCCUUUGAGUGGUUUGCAGAUCUGCUGCAGGUGCUCGAAAAAGAAAUGGAGGAGAGAGGCAUGCGAGACUUCCUGACAUACAAACUUUACCUCACUGGAUGGGACCAUACUCAUGCAGCCCAUGUGAUGGUACAUUUUGAUAAAGACACAGAUGUAAUCACUGGCUUGAAGCAGAAGACUCACUAUGGAAGACCCAUCUGGGAUAAGGAAUUUGAGCAAGUCCGGCAAGAAAAUCCCUCGUCAGUAGUUGGCACAUUUCUGUGUGGCCCAGAGUCUUUAGCAAAAGUCUUGGCAAAGAAAUGUGUGAAAUAUUCUGACGUGGAUCCUCGGAAAACCAAGUUUUACUUCAACAAAGAGAACUUCUGAAUGAAACUGGUGCAAGUAACCAGCUGAACCUGAAGGACAAGCCCCCUACCCAAAUAACUUGAUUACAAUGAAUCUGAGUGAUGUUGUAAGGGUAUGAAAGGACUGUUUUUAUAUUUUGUAAGCUUCACUGCCUACCUGGGUGUGUAACCCUGAAGUAGAUACAACUACCUCCUCAGGAAAAGUAUAUUUGCAGGGCCAGAAGUAUGUCUGGUCUGGGCGCUAUUGUGAGUAUGAAGUAGGAGCCUGACUGUUAGUCAGCUGUUAGUGUCUAGCUGUUUGUAGUAGUGAUGGUGUUAGCCCAAUCAGAAUAGUAAACAUUUCAGGAAGCACCCAUUUCCCUCAGUCAUUAUAACUGUGUAUGGGCACAGUACUGUGUGUAUUUAACCUCUGCAAUUUUCAAAAGGUGCAUGGAGCACCCACACUUGCCCUCAACUACAAAUUAGACUAUAAUGCUUCCUUUUUGAGCCAUAUGACACUUUCUUUAAUCUGGGUGUGGCUUUCUGAGUUGUUACUAUAUGCUUGAAAUAAUCCAUGCUUGGGUUUUAACAGUGUUGAUCUAUACUUUUCACAAAGUUAAUGGCAAGAAUGUUACAAGUAGAUUAUUUACAACACUGUUGAAUCUUUUUUUUUUUUUUUUUUUGGUGUACAUUUUUCACUUAUGCUUCCAAGAAGCAUGCUCCAGGAAAUACAAGAGGAAGAUGUUUCCUGGAAAUCAGUUUUCUUUCAUUACAGUAAAAGUAAAUGAAAAGUAAACAACACUUAAGCUUGCAUUAAAAAAAAAAAAAAAAUCAUUCUC